ACUAUUUUAAAGUAAGAUCGCAACUUUUAUUUGCGUCUCAUCCGUAUUUACCAGCUGGCUCUGCCGUGGACCUUUCAGCUACCUGUCAGUCGAUCAAGCGGUAAAAUCAGAGAGGGAAGGGAGUGAGGAUGGACCGAGCCCCUAGUCCCAGCCCGAGUGGCACCAGCCAGACUCCGCAGCCCUCCCAACACGAACCUAUCAGCUUCGGUAUUGAUCAAAUCCUCAGCGGGACUGACCAAGACAGCUCCCAGCAGAACACCUUACGAAACAAUUUGGAGCUUGGCACCACAACAAAUGGAGGAACCUAUCACUUGGGCAGCCCGAGCGGGGCUGGCGCGGCACCCUACACGACAUUGUCGGGCUCUUUUCAUGGCAUGUAUGAAGAAGCUAGUUCGUACGGAGUCAACCUGACCCUUGCGCACGGUGGAGUGAUAAGGGUCCCAGCGCACAGGCCGCUGACCGCGGCCGUACCACCACCCAUGGCCAGUGCAGUGCCUGGGCUCGGAAGCAUCAGUUUCCCUUGGAUGGACAGCAGCCAGAGGUUUGCGAAGGAACGUUUCGCAGCUGCCCUCACACCUUUCACAGUGGCGCGGCGUAUAGGCCAUCCAUACCAGAACAGGACACCACCCAAGCGGAAGAAGCCCAGGACGUCCUUCUCCCGGGUGCAGAUCUGUGAGCUGGAGAAGCGCUUUCACAGGCAGAAGUACCUGGCCAGUGCUGAACGGGCCACUCUCGCCAAGACCCUCAAGAUGACCGAUGCCCAGGUCAAGACCUGGUUCCAGAACAGAAGAACCAAAUGGAGACGACAGACGGCGGAGGAGCGUGAGGCGGAGCGACAGCAGGCCAAUCGGCUGAUGAUGCAGCUCCAGCACGAGGCCUUCCAGAAGUCCCUGAGUGACUCGGUUCCGUCCGACCCGCUCUGCAUCCACAACUCCUCCCUGUUCGCCCUGCAGAACCUGCAGCCCUGGGCCUCUGAGGACGGCAGCAAGCUCGGAACCGUCACCGGCCUGGUAUGAGCUAAGGAACGCCAGUAAUU